AGUAUUCUAUCUUUUGACUUCUUUCUUUUUUCUUUCUUUUGCCACAUCUUCAAUCCCUUUUCACCCCUUCGACAACCUCCAACUCUCAGCGCGCAGGUCGCAGCAACCCUUUUUCGCUUCUAGAAAGCCCACCACAUUCCUUCACAGACAUAUCUCUUUGUCUUUUCUUUGCGAGAACAUUUACAGCGGUACUUUAACUCUGACGACUUGACGACAAAUUUACGACCAAUCACGAAAGUCGCCUUCUUCUGAUCAUCAGUGUAAUUGAUUCAUUAUACAAUGCCUUCCACUCUUGCACUAUUCACAUCGCUUCUCGCCGCCUCAGGUGCCCUUGCGCACCUCCAGCUCGCCUGGCCCUACGCCCUUCAUAGCACUCUGGACCCCGAGACCCCGGAAGAAAUCAAAGAUUACUCUAUGACCAGUCCUUUGCUCACCGACGGAACCUAUCCUUGCAAAGGCUUCAUCAACAGUCCUGAAUCAAACAUGUACUCGAGGGUGACAUGGGACGCCGGGUCCACUGUCAAUUACACCAUUGCGGGUACUGCCACACAUGGCGGUGGUUCGUGUCAAAUGUCCAUGUCAUAUGACAACGGUACUACCUGGAAUGUCAUUCAGUCUUGGAUGGGUGGUUGCCCUAUCGAUGCCAUGACUGCUGAGGUUACCAUUCCCACCGACGCUCCUUCUGGUUACGCCCUUUUUGCUUGGGGAUGGUUCAACCUUGAAGGCAACCGUGAAAUGUACCACAACUGUGCACCUGUUACCAUUGCCAACGGCGGAUCUGGUCUUAACGAUGAUGACUACCCUACUCCUUUCGUCGCUAAUGCCGGUGUCAACGACUGUGUGACCAUUGAAAACGUUGCUGUCGUUUUCCCCAACCCCGGCAAGAAUGUCAAAUAUGGUGCUAGCUAUGCGACUUCGCAGCCCACAGAACCUGCUGGUUACACUGGCACCAACUGUGUUGGGCCUGGUGCCUCCAGCAGCACCAGCUCUUCAGGUUCGAAUAGCUCCCAGCCUGCCACUUCUAUCUCUGCUGCCGCCAUUGCCACCUCUUCUGCCAAUCCCGCUGCGUCAGCUUCUGCUGUUGAUUCACCUGCUGAUGUCUCUGUGGGCACCGGCGCUCAAACAUCUAUUGCUGCCGCUACGGUCUCGACUGCCGACGUUAUUGGCAACAUCGCGGCUUCGUCAGCCUCGCUUUCUCCCGCUGUUGCCGUUGCCUCCUCAUCUCCCAAGUCUUGCAAGCGUAAGCGAUCCAAGGCUGGCAACAAAAAGCCUUUUCUUUCUCGACAUGAGCGUCACGUCCCGCGUCAGCCUGGUUCUUCUGGCCGAUACGCUGCUAGCAAAGCCUCUCACCCCCAAUCUGCUUCCAAGCGAGACGGUAUCAAGCGGGUGGCGGCAAGCAUGGCUACUCAUCCCCAAGCUGCCGCCAAGCGUGACGGAGCUAUUCACCAUCGGGCUGUUGUCAAGCGAGAGGAAGCACCAAAGAGGUUUGCAGCUAGCAAGGCCACGCACCCAAGAGAUGUCAAGAGAGGGUUCAUGGGAAGAUUGUUCUUUGGUGAAAGCUCAUGAGAAAGGUGGAGACUCAGACUUUGAAAGAUUAGCUUGGAAGCUAAGAGUGUAUUUUGCGGAGCAUUGACUACCCUGCGUGUACAUAGGUUUAUCUGUAUUGCCGAGCAUCGCUGUGCGAUGCUCUGUAGGAUGAUUUCAUGCAUCAUGCCAGUCAUGACCAAUCUUUGG